UCUGCGAUGAUUUGAGGUUAAGUCAACUCCAUGUGUCGUGCAGGGAACAAUUAUUUUUACUGAACUUUAUUCCAGAGCAGAACGAUAUUCUGGAGGGAUCAUGGAGUCUGAGGACGUCGAUGAUCCACAACCUGGGACUUCUAUCAGUAGAAAUGCAGAUUCAAUCGAGCAGAAGAUAAUAGACCUGGCGCAGGUGACCCCCAACGGUUUGACAGACGCCGACAUCUCCAGGGAGUAUCCAAACCUGGAGCCAGCGCAGAAGGCCCUGGCCUUGAAUAAACUAUUGAAACAAGGUCAGAUAGUGGUCCUGAAGAAGGGCACGAGUUUGCUGUACCGUUUGAAGGCCUCGACGACGAAGGGUGCGGACAAUGAGGAGAGAAUCGUCUACUCGAUAAUCGAAGCAGCUGGCAACAAGGGAAUCUGGAGCAGAGACGUCCGGUGGAAGGCGAAUCUCCCAGUCACCCAGACAGGAAAGAUAAUUAAAAGUCUCGAAAGCAAGAAACUCAUCAAACCUGUCAAGUCCGUGGCAGCUGGACGCAAGGUUGUCUACAUGCUCUACAAUUUGGAGCCUGACAGAUCUGUUACUGGAGGUGCCUGGUACCAGGAUCAGGAUUUCGAGGCGGAAUUCGUCGAUGUCCUCAAUCAGCAGUGCUAUAGAUUUCUCGAGCUCAAGAGGGAGGAGAUGAAAACCGUUAGAGGAGGCCCCAUCAUCGCCAGGAACGUCACCUUCGCGUCGUCCAAGGAGGUCUGGCAGUUUAUCUCCGAUCUUGGCAUCUCCAAGGUGAAUUUAUCUGUUGAGGAUCUCGAGAUGAUUCUCAAUACUCUCGUUUAUGAUGGAAAGGUUGAACGAACUGUGUCUGCUGAUGGUGAUACCAUUUAUCGCGCUAUCACAUCCAUCGUCACCACCCCGGGACUCAUCCUCACACCCUGUGGAAUGUGUCCUGUGCGGAAAAACUGCUGUGACCUUGGAGACGUCACCCCCUUGAAGUGUCAGUACCUGACAGACUGGCUAGACGCAUCCCAAUACAAAAAAAUCGAAUAAACAUUUACAUUUUUGCAAUUCAAA